ACACCAACACCUGAACCUACUACUACAACUGAAGCACCAACCACAACCACACAAUCUACACCACCACCUAAACCUACUACUACAACUGAAGCACCAACCACAACCACACAAUCUACACCACCACCUAAACCUACUACUACAACUGAAGCACCAACCACAACCACACAAUCUACAACAGCACCACCUGAACCUACUACUACAACUGAAGCACCAACCACAACCACAAAGUCUACAACAACACCACCUGAACUUACUACUACAACUGAAGCACCAACCACAACCACACAAUCUACAACAGCACCACCUAAACCUACUACCACAACUGAAGCACCAACCACAACCACACAAUCUACAACAGCACCACCACCUGAACCUACUACUACAACUGAAGCACCAACCACAACCACACAAGCUACAACACCACCACCUGAACCUACUACUACAACUGAAGCACCAACCACAACCACAGAGUCUACAACACCACCACCUAAACCUACUACUACAACUGAAGCACCAACCACAACCACACAAUCUACACCACCACCUGAACCUACUACUACAACUGAAGCACCAACCACAACCACAGAGUCUACAACAGCACCACCUAAACCUACUACUACAACUGAAGCACCAACCACAACCACACAAUCUACACCACCACCUGAACCUACUACUACAACUGAAGCACCAACCACAACCACAAAGUCUACAACAGCACCACCUGAACCUACUACUACAACUGAAGCACCAACCACAACCACACAAUCUACAACAGCACCACCUGAACUUACUACUACAACUGAAGCACCAACCACAACAACACAAUCUACAACAGCACCACCACCUGAACCUACUACUACAACUGAAGCACCAACCACAACCACACAAUCUACAACAGCGCCACCUGAACCUACUACUACAACUGAAGCACCAACCACAACCACACAAUCUACAACAGCACCACCUGAACUUACUACUACAACUGAAGCACCAACCACAACCACACAAUCUACACCACCACCUAAACCUACUACUACAACUGAAGCACCAACCACAACCACACAAUCUACAACAGCACCACCACCUGAACCUACUACUACAACUGAAGCACCAACCACAACCACACAAUCUACAACAGCACCACCACCUGAACCUACUACUACAACUGAAGCACCAACCACAACCACACAAUCUACAACAGCGCCACCUAAACCUACUACUACAACUGAAGCACCAACCACAACCACACAAUCUACAACAGCACCACCUGAACUUACUACUACAACUGAAGCACCAACUACAACCACACAAUCUACACCACCACCUAAACCUACUACUACAACUGAAGCACCAACCACAACCACACAAUCUACAACAGCACCACCACCUGAACCUACUACUACAACUGAAGCACCAACCACAACCACACAAUCUACAACAGCACCACCACCUGAACCUACUACUACAACUGAAGCACCAACCACAACCACAGAGUCUACAACAGCACCACCACCUGAACCUACUACUACAACUGAAGCACCAACCACAACCACACAAUCUACAGCACCACCACCUGAACCUACUACUACAACUGAAGCACCAACCACACAAUCUACAACAGCGCCACCUAAACCU